UUGUUUACUUUUCUAUUUUUGGAAUUUUUGUCUUUUCAAUUUCGAUUGUUGUUUAAUUGUUUCAACGAAUACGCAAUUUAAUCAUGUCUAAUAUUUUCACUCCGACAAAUCAAAUUCGCUUAACCAACGUGGCCAUUGUUCGAAUGAAAAAAUGUGGAAUUCGAUUUGAAAUCGCUUGUUACAAGAAUAAAGUUGUUUCUUACAGAAGUAAAGUGGAGAAAGAUUUGGAUGAAGUACUUCAGAGUCGCACUGUUUUCACCAAUGUAUCCAAGGGUCAAGUCGCCAAGAAAGAGGAUCUCAUCAAAGCAUUUGCAACCGAUGACCACGAGAAAGUUUGCUUACAGAUCUUGGAUAAAGGUGAAUUACAGAUUAGCGAGAAAGAAAGACAAGCCUCAUUGGAAUCAGCAUUCAAAGAUAUCGCCACAAUUAUCGCCGAUAAAUGUAUCAAUCCCGAAACCAAGAGACCUUAUCCAGUUACCAUGAUUGAGAAAAGUUUAAAGCAAAUUCAUUUCUCGGUUAAGCCAAAUAAGAGUAACAAAUCACAGGCUCUUGUUGCGAUGAAAGAAUUACAGAAAGUUGUACCCAUCGAACGAGCUCAAAUGAAACUACGAGUAAUGUGCUCGAAGAAACAUCAAGCUCGCCUUCGAACUUUGUCCAAAGACAUUGAACUUGACACCAUUCACCAAGAUGGACAAUUAGAAAUGGUUAUUCAUGUUGAUCCUGGUCAUUUUAGGGAAAUUGAUCAGUUGAUUAAAUCAACAGCCAAUUCUCAAUUGCAUGUUCUUCUAUUGAAAGAAGUAACCGAGGGUGAAGAUUCAUUGGAAUGAAAUCCCUGGACAAUUAAUUUUAAUCGUUUGCGCUUUAAAUCCAUUAGAAUUAAGCUGAUAAAGCAUAUCCUCCACUGAUUCUCCUGGAACAUCUAAACAAUUAAAUCAACAAACAACAAAAAGAGGGAUAAAAACAAUUAAUGGAAUAUUAACCAAACUUCUCGCAAGCUAAUUAAAUCGAAUCAAAAUUCCCAAUUAAUCUGAGGAAUAUUACCUUCAAUAAAGAUGAUUACUGAUCCUCCA